UGGUCUCUUGAACGAGAUGGGGAGGUUGUGAAAAGAAAGAUCGCGGUAAUGGCUACGAUCAGACCCUGCCCAAAAGGGUAGUUAAAAAAAGACGAUUCUCGUAAAAUAUGGACCAACAACUCCUUCUCAAAGUGGGUAUUUGUCUCUCGGUGGGUUUAACGAUACUCGGAGCGAGCUCCCCAUUGGUUAAUGACGCAUAUUUGUGCCAGAAUGGAAGUGUGGAGUCAGACCUGGUGGCUAUCUAUGACCAGAUCAUUCCAAUCGUGAUCCACCUCCACCCGUUGAAUGCAGCCGCACCGUGCUCAUUGGAGUUCUGUCCCCCUCGAACAAAAACAUGUGCCUUGUUGUGGAGCAAUGGGAGCUCAGACACUGAUUUUUAUCUUUCCCACUCGAGCUUGACUGAAGGCAAGUUCUCUCUGAAGGCCAGAAAUGAGAAAUAUUCCGAGAUGUCGUGGGGUGACUACCAAUUCCGAUUCCGAGAGCACACUCACCGAGUCCUGGCCUUUCACGAGGUCACACCGUCCCCCCAGAUAAUUCCAGGCCCCGAGAGCAAUCAAGUCAUCCUUGAGGCGUCCGAGGAGUUCACUGGGUGUUUGGAUGACGUCCCCAAUUCUCACGUGGAGUUCAGAUGGAAAAACGGGGAACCCGAAAACGAACGACAACUGCCGUUCCGUGUCGAGGCCAUUCCUCGAGCCAAUGGGACGAAAAAGACGAAACAGACAUGGCGAAUCGACCUUCAUGAGAACGUCACCCUGCCUUUAGCCUUGUUGAUGAAAUGCAAAGGCGGAAGCGGAAACGGAAACGGAAGAGGCAAUACCGUGACAACAAUGGAGUUCAGCCUUAAUCUACCGGAAACUAACUCCUCCUCCACUUGGGUUUGGCCGUUUGUCGGGGGGUGCACUUGUCUGGUCGUGCUCCUGGCCUUGAUGCUCAUUGCGUUCAAGUGUAAGCGCAAACCUUCAGCCCCGAUGCCCCAGAUCGUUAGUCUAACCGGUCCGAGAAUCAAGAUCUCUCAUCCCCCGCCUCCAACUCGACCUCGUCUCUUCAGCAUCCUCACCUAUUUCUCGACCUCCUCGAAUUCGACUACUUCCUCGUCGGCCUCGAGAACAAGCUCCGAGAGUCAGGAUCCCGCGAGCGAAACACAUACCAUGAAACUGUUGCCUUCGAUUAGCAUUCCCAGUUGGGCCGAGGAGCAAUUCUUCGACUUCCAAUCCCUGGAACUGGGUCAAGUCUUGGGUAAGGGGCAAUAUGGAUUGGUUUACAAAGGUGAACUUCGGGAUGGACGGGCUCGUUGGGACGUGGCUGUCAAGUGUGCCAGACCUGGAUCGGGCCAAGAGGAUUUCGAUCGCAUUCAAUGCGAGCUGUUGAAGGAGGGCGAGAUCAUGGCGGGUCUACCUUAUCAUGACCACAUAGCCAAUCUUCAAGGCUUGGCCGUGGAAUUCGGACGCAACGGAGCCUCGCACAAGUUCUAUUUGAUGAUCCAAUAUUGCGGAAGCGGGUCCAUGAAGAGCUACUUGGAGAUCCAUCAGACGAAACUGUGCCAGAGCUUCCGAGCUGGCCGAUACUGUUUGCCGAUGCGAUCGUCCGGUGAUCCCUCCGAUCCCAAUGCCUUCCAACUCUUUCUGGCUUGGGGCUACCAGAUUGCUGAAGGCAUGAAAUUUCUGAGCGAGAACGGCAUCAUUCAUGGGGAUUUAGCGACGCGUAACGUUCUGCUCACGAACGAUUUGACUGCCAAAAUCUCGGACUUUGGACUUUCGCAUCAAUUGAAACAUCAGCAAAGAAGCGCCAACUUGCGACAGACGCACUUGCCGGAACGCUGGAUGGCCCCUGAAGCCAUCAUCAACUUCUCCAUCACUCAUGAAUGUGACGUCUGGUCGUAUGGGGUGGUGAUCUGGGAGAUAUUCUCGUAUGGAGACAAGCCAUAUAAAGCUGAAAGUCAAUAGUUCGGCUGAGUUCAUAAAGGAGUUGCAAAAUGGCGAACGACUUUGUUGUCCCGAGGAUUGUCCGACCACCGCCUACGAAACAAUGAUGGCUUGCUGGAACCUAAAUCCCAUCAAGAGACCCACAUUCCACCAACUGUCCCAAUUCUGGCGAGAACUCCUCUCGCCCGCAUAUCAAUACGAAUACGAGAAAAGAAAUGCACGCUCAACAUCAGCAACACGAGUCGAUUCGACAAAACAGCGUCUAUUUCCAGAUGACCGGAACACGAUAUCCAGGGUACCUAAACAAGAAGAGUCCAACGACUCAAGGAGGGCGGGGCUCCUAUUGUGAUUUCUAUCCCCUCUAACUACGGCCGACACCGUGGUUUCGGUGGAACAGGAUGAGGCUUAGUACAACAAUACAGUAUGCAAAAAGAAGAUACAUCUACAUAAACCAAUAGAACGGUGUAGUUAGUUUUCGGCUCCGUCUUUGGGAACGCAGUCUAAGUACGUUGAGAUGGAGGACUGACAGGUAUGAUUCACUAAGAAUAUCAUUUCCUCAUAAGGCAUUGCAUUCUUUAUAGUGCUCUUUUGUCAAGUAAACAUGCAUCACAAUA